AUGUAUGUUUAUGGUCCGCAGGUUGUGGCAGCGUUACUGUGCAGUGCCGUGGCUCAACAGGUGCCAGUGACGUCAUCAACCACAGAGGAAAAUGAAGAGCCCCCGGAGGGCUACUAUGCUUUUGUAGAGUCACCUAAUGCUACGCCGCCGAGAGUGCGGCCGCCGCCGUACCGGCAGUCGAACGCGGAGUGCACGGGGAGCAGUUCGCGGCCGCACGUGAGCGCGCACAACCUGUGCGGUGACCUCAACCGUGGCCUCGUGCCGCGCAACCCGCUGGGUCAACUGCCAGGCGGAGAGCCCUACCCCUUUGAGCUGAUCCGCAACGAAACGCUGCGGUUCCUGUCUCGUACGCUGCCCGUGCUGCGCGCGGACGACGCGCUGCCACGCGUGGCACACGUGGCAGCAGCACCACAACGCCACCAGCAGCAACAACAGUACCACCAUCAACACCCUCAUUACCCACAGCCUUCAGACUUGCCGCAGUUGCCUGAACUCGCGGGUAACAGGCUGGAGGAUCGCGUGAGGCGGUCCGCGCAGACGGAGCAGCCGCGGCCGCAGCAACAUGAGGCGGCGGAGUCGGCCCGCCUGCCCGCAGAGCACCGCGGCGAGCAGCGCCCGCGCGAGGCGCGCAAGUUCUGCGACGGCGGCGGCGUGUGA